AUGGCCAAUUUAAGUGUUUUUUGUGAGCUAACGUUGUUGGUGGUGCUUACCGCGAUGACGGCAGUCCUUGCCGGGCGUACAGUUUUUCAUGCUCGUGAACCACCGCGCACCCUGCAAAUGAUUGGUUCAGCAAACCCGCGAAUGCUUCACAAAAUCAGUGCGGAUCUGCAACCCGACACCUCCAAAGUGGUUCACAUCCAAGUGCCUUACUACAUCGAACGUCCGAAACUGCGCACCAAGAAGUUCCAGCCCUGGAUACCGCGAGGCCAACGCUUUGUGUCCUCGUCCGGUGCUCUGCAGCAACAUCUGCCCGGCCCAGUGUCGUUCGGAACUCCGUUCCCAGCCCGGGAAGCUCCCUUCAAAGCGAAACCUAUUCUGCCGAACGAAUUUCUCGCUAAUCCAGGACCGUACGACACACCCUUCGUGCCGGUCAUGAAACCAAGCCCAGUAAAUCCGCUUCACGUCGAACCGCCCGCACCGGAGAUUAUGUUCGAACCGAUCAGUAUCCUUCCGCUGGAAGCGCCCUCGUUUGCAACCAUCCGCAAUCACGUAAACUAUCUUAAGCAGAAGCAGCAAGCAUUCUUCGAAGGGCAGGGACGUGAGUUCGGGUUGGGUUCAACUGUGCCGGAUGAGCUGGAGUACUUCAGUGAGCACGAGAAACGACUCGGCGACGGCACUGUGCCGGUACACAAUGGAGAUUCCGAACGUACGGGUGGCGGACGGAACACACUAUCCGAGCAUGACUUUGGACAGAACGAUCGUAAGUACGAUCGACGAGGUAAAGCUAUCAGACCAACGAAAGGAGAGCAAGAAGAGGAGGACGACGAGGCGGAACACUCCGAAGAGGAUGAUUUCUAUGACUCGGAAGGAAAACAGUAUCAGGACGAUGAUUUUGAAGACUCGCGUGAUGAGGCCGAUCGAGCCGCUGCGUUCGAACCGAAGAAGGUGUACACGCAGGUUAGACAUCGAGAGAUAGUACGACACGUUCCUCGUUCUGGACGUGAUGAGGAGGUGGAGCACGAUCAGGAGGACGAUGAGGAGGAAGAUGAGGAAGAGAACCGUGACGAUCGUGAUGAGAAAGAAAACGAUACACAGCUUGAUGAUCAGGAAGACGAAGAGGAGCAAGAUCGCGAUCAUCAGCAUCUUCCACCGAUUCGGGAGCGUUUGAAUCUGCAACGCAAAAAUAUCGUCUACACGGAGAAAGGCCAUCACGCGAACAAGUUUGAUCACGGUUCGGAAGAAUCUUUCGGCCAGUUCGAACAGCAGGACGACACGAAACCAACGCAACGGAGUAGAAUAAAGCGAGCGGCUGAAGAACUGCCUGACACUAAUAGAACGCUAUCCGACCAGAUCGUGGAUGUGCUGGCGAUGGUGAUCCUCGGCAACGAAACACUACCACUUCCCGAAGCGUUAACCGAUCCGCGUGAGCUUCACGGUGAAGAGCUGAUCAAGUUCCUGGAUGAAGCGAUCCAAAACACUACGCAAUAUCUUCCGGAAGGCCGGCUAAAGGAUCGGGAAGCUAUAAGCAUUGUGUCCCCACCGAGCAAUGUGGUAAAGUUCCCGUACUACCACCGACCAGCGAGUGAGAUUGACGUCGAUUCGGCGUUACGAUACGCGGAAAAUCUUACCAGUUUUAGCACGGGACUUUACGGCGCUAAGGCGGCAGCUGGUGAGGAGUGCAAUGAGGUGGAUGUAGAGCUAGAGGACGAACCGGAACCGAUUGAGGAAGAUGCUGCCGGGGAAGGUUUCAAACCGAUCCGACGACUUAAAGGGCUGGGCGAUAAGAUCGACUGUCUGAAGCGAAAGCACUUCGGCAGCGAACCGUUGGAUAAUCCGCUGUUUAGGGAAGAGUUUGUUGGAGUAGUGCCAAGAAAGAUGUAUGUUGGCAAGGGCAGUACGCUUCCUGUUCCGCAGCAGACCCAACAGCAACAGCAACCCAACCCAGCAGUGGCUGUGUAUAAUGAUGUAAUACGCCACAUCAAGAAGCACCUCGCGAGUCAGCAGCGGCGCAAGAACUCGAAAGCGGACACCGACCAAGACACGGUUAUGAUUGCCGUUCCGCGCAUUUUAAGACUAGAUCGGGAAGAUCCCGAAGUUAGUGGAACGCAUCAAAAACGCGAAGCCCGAGUAGUGUUCCGCCAAGCGAACCCGCUCCCCGUCUCGAACCACAUCAGUGUGCCGAUCUUUGACAUUAGUAAGUUUGUGCCAAGGUUUAUGAUGCGUCCGAACGAGGAUCUCUUUGCGGAGGAAGAAUAUCACGCUCCGACCACGGUAAAGCCACGUGUCAGCAGUCCAAAAGUUCGUCUUCAAACGUUGGUAAAGACAGCGGAACAGCUAGCCGAGGGUGCGGUUUCGGUGGAGGAAAGUGUGGAGCAGAUAAUGACUACCGAGAAAAGUCCGGUGCGGGACGAUAUUGCCGAUGCGUUCGAUGAUGUGUUGGCCAAACCGAAUCAACCGCCAGCACCGCUACCACCGAUAAAACCCUACAGUGUGGUGGAGCAGGACACCAAAGAUAGUGGGCCCGAGCCGACGUUCAACAAGUCGGGACCACCGUAUGCAGCGCUCGCCCUAGAACCGCCCGUGGCGCAAAGUAUUCUGAAGCAGCGCAUUGCCCCGCUGGAGCGUAACCAACUCGAUCUGGCGAAAGCGAAACGAUCUCCAGCGAAGCUGAUACCGAGAAAGACCCGGAGACCGUCGGUUACGCGAAAGAAGGUGCUCGUGUUCUAUCACUAA